CCUUAGUGGUUACCAUAACAACGUCCAUCAACAAAUGUAACCUACUUGCCAUUAUCUUGAUGUUUAUAAGUGGAAAAACGUAAAUGGAAAUAUUAUGGGAAGAACAAAUGGGCAUCGCCACACUCAAAUUGCGUUCCAUCGCGUGCAGACAACUUAAACAAUGUUGCAAUAUGAAAUUGAAGGAUGAAUCCUGUACAUGGAAUCUGUUGUUAUCCCUGAUAAAUGUAAAGGUCAAGGAUUAGCAAGACUCUUAGCAGAGUAUCAGUCCAAGAAUUUGAGCAGAAGAAAUAUAUAAGACGAAAAAUGGAAGAAACAGAAUAUAUAGCAUUGAUCGAAUGGCAUUGUUGCCAGCAUUACUACAAUGGGAUGUUAGCGCAAGCGAAACAAGCUCGUGAUGCUUAUCCGAGCAGCGAGCGUUUGAAGCUUCUGCUUUGCUUGGCAUAUGCUCUCGUUGGUAAGACCCACGAAGCCAUCAAGGAGAGCUCGAGUUUAUUAAACUAUGCAGACUUCAUAUUAGCGACUCUCCAUGUGCAGAAUACUGCCUAUGCGGCCGAUGGAAGCACCGAAAGGAGCACUGUGGCUCAGGUGGAAAACAGGAUCCGGGAGGAGCGCAGGAAAGCUUCCUGCAACUCACUGUGUCUUGCAGCAUCUGUAUUAUUUCUCUCUCGUCGAGUAGACAAGGCGAAAGAAUACAUCGACAGAGCAUACAAGUUGAAACCGACGAACAUGAAUGUGCUACUCAUCAAAGGAUGGGUGGAGGCAAGUUUGAGUUAUAGUACAGACAAUCGAGAGGCAGAACGCUUUUUCGACUCGGUCCUGAAGGAGGAAUUUAAGAACCUGAGCGCAUCGUUAGGUCUCGCGAAAAUGAAGCAACGUACUAAUGAUCAUUCAGAAGCUAUUUCGAUAGUCAACUCUCUUAUCGUGCGCUACCCCAAGUCAGCUCUACCGCUCGUGGAGAAGAUGAAGUGCCUCUUGACCAUGAAAGACUGGGAGCAGGUGCUGGAAAUGACGAACAGAAUAUUGUCCGUGGAAUCCAACAACUUAGAUGCCAUGAAGGCAAGUACUGUGGUAGCUCUCUGCAGAGACGGCAACACCAGCGAAGGUGCAAGACAGUUACAACUGUUCCUACGUCACUUGUUACUCGCCGAGCCGAAGAACGUGUUCCUGCUAAUCGAGAACCUGCAACUGUUCUCAGGAAUCGCAUUACAGGAUCACGGGAUACUCUCGGAACUGACGCGAGCGGCCGAGAAGACGUUGCAAGUGUUAACAUCGAACAACGUAGAAUUAAUGGCGGCACUCGGUGAUCUCUACGCUGCUCUAGGCAAUGCCAAGGAUGCCGAGCACUGGUAUAGAAGCACUAUACGUGCGGACGAGUCAUCUUUUGCAGCUCUCAUGGGUCUGGCUCACUGCCAACUACUGGAAGGCUCGGCGGAUGCUUUGGACUUGGCGCGUCAGCAGGUGGAUUUCCUCAUAGAGAUACAGUCGCACGCCGUAAACGUGCGACUGCUACUCAUGUCGGCGAAGAUAGCGUCCGGCGUAGAUGGCAGUAAGGCACUCGGCUAUCUGGAUGCAGCCGCCAAUAUCUUACUAAAGAAUUGCGAAGGUCGUCCCUAUGGCUACGAGUACUUGAGAGAACUCAAGCCGAAUUUGUGCCUCGAGAUCACGAAGCAACGUCUCAUGUAUUCUUUAAACAAAUCUCUGAUGAAUGACGAAGUGGCCGUUGUCACGGAGAAGGAGCCGAGCGUCCGCUUAUUGGAGUUACUUGUAGAGGCUUGUCCAGGUUCCAGCGUCGCGCUUUUGCUACUUAGCAAGGCCAAGAUGCAAAGCGCGGACUACGAAGGUGCAUUGAGCCUGCUGAGGAGAUUGCUGGACACGGUAGAGCCAUCCAAUGCUCAAGCGCAUCUCACGAUGGCGCAAAUUCUGGCGUAUCAGGGCAAGUAUCAGCUAGCAUCGCAAAGUCUCGAAGUCGGUUUAAGCUACAACUUCAAGAUCAGGGAGGAACCGGUCUAUCAUCUGAUUACUGGAAUGGUGCAACGGGAGGCUGGUGACCUAGAUAGUUGCGUGAAGAGCUGUCAAAUGGCCAUAUCAUUGGCCGGCUUGAGCGGUAACAGAAAGUCCGAUAUGUCCACGUCGGACCGAGCAACGUUAUAUCUAGAAUUAAUCGCAGCGUACGGUAAAGCAAAGCGGUUCGCCGAAGCGUUGGCUCUUGUCGACGAGGCGAGGACGAAUCUCGCCGGCACUAGUGAGCAAGGAAGAAUCACGAUCGGCACUGCAGAGGUAUAUUUGGACAUGGGCGAGUUGGAGAACGCUGUUAGCUGCUUGCAAAAUAUCAAUCCAGGACAGCCAUAUUAUUUACAGGCGCAUACCAGAUUGGCCGAGAUCAAUUUGAAUUACAAAAAAGACCGUCAAGCAUUCGCAAAGUGCUUUAGAGAAUUGGUGGAACAUCGCCCCGGCCCGAAAACAUACAGUAUGCUAGGUAACGCCUAUAUGUCUAUACAAGAACCUGAAAGAGCGAUAGAGGCGUACGAACAAGCUCUCUCUCAAAAUCCAAUCGACAAAGCGGACAUUGCGAAUAAAAUGGGUAAGGCGCUCAUCAAGGCACAUCAAUAUGCGAAAGCAAUCAAUUACUACAAGGAUAUAGUGAAACAGGACAAUUGUGGCGCUCUGAAAUUAGAUUUAGCAAACUUAUACAUGAAGAUGAAGCAGUACGAUAAAGCAGAAGCGACGUUGGUGCAAGAACUGCAAGACAAACGAGGGGAGAUGGACAUUCUGAGCCUGGAGAUGCGAGGACAAGAGCUAUUAUUACUGGCCAAAGUGCGCGAGAAAUCGGGCAACGUUAGAGGUGCGUUAGCAACAUUAAAGGAAGCUAAGGAAAACCAACAUAGAUACAUCCAACGUCUCGCUGUCUCGCCAGAUAUUGUAGAUCAGAGACACGUAUUGGCGAACAUCUGUCUCACAAUGGCCGACUACGCGACAACUUUGCGCAAUUACGACGAAGCUAUCAUAUAUUAUAAAGAAGCCUUAUCUCACAAGUCUACGGAUGUGAACGCUCUCCUUUCUCUGGCGAAGCUCUAUAUGCAGAUGAACAAUUUAGACCGAUGUGCACAGAACUGCUCGAUUUUACUGAACGCCGAACCUAAUAACGAGGCCGCGUCCGUGAUGAUGGCUGAUCUCGCAUUUAGGAAAGUGGACUUCGACACUGCAGCGUUUCACUUCCGACAGUUGCUGAUACGCCAACCAACAUACUGGACCGCUUUGGCAAGAUUGAUAGAAGUGUCACGCAGAACAGGCACUAUGGAUGAUCUGGACGAAUGGUUGCAACGCGCGCAGACUGCGAUGGGCGCUGGGAAUGUCGAGGCUGGCUUCUACUACUGUGCUGGAUUGUUAAAUUGGCGAACGGGUAAGCUGAAUUCUGCUCUACGAAACUUCAACUUCGCGCGACGCGAUCCAGAAUGGGGACAGCAGGCGAUCUAUAACAUGAUCGAGAUCUGCCUGGAUCCCGACGACGACACCACGCUGUCGAAUGAGGCAUUCAAUGACGAGGACGCAGAGUAUCAGGACUCAAGGACGAUGGCUUUGAGGACGGCUUAUCGAUUACUUCAGGAAUUGAAUCCUAAAGGAAGUCCGCACGAGGUGCUGACUCACAAACUCCUCAGCAAUUUCUUCCUGUUAGCCACGAAGCAGAAGUCUAAUAUUGAAAAGGCUCUACAGGAUUGCACCGCAUUGGCCAGUCAGGACGCCCUCCGGGAUCAUGUAGGACCCGCUCUUGGCAUGGCGACCGCUCACAUCUUAUUAAAGCAAACUCCACGUGCCAGGAAUCACCUAAAGCGUGUUAGCAAGAACGUCUGGACAUUCGAGGACGCCGAGUACUUGGAACGUUGCUGGUUGUUAUUAGCGGAUAUCUAUGUGCAAUCCAGCAAGUACGACUUGGCAAAUGAACUGUUGAAACGUGUGUUGCAGCAUAACGCCACAUGCGUGCGAGCUUAUGAGCUGUCAGGCUACAUCGCUGAAAAAGAUCAGAAUUAUCGCGAAGCCGCUACGAGAUACGCUCAAGCCUGGAAAUGCGGCGGAAAAACGAAGCUCUCUGUCGGCUACAAACUAGCUUACUGUUACUUAAAAGCAAAAACAUACGCUGACGCUAUUGAAGCUUGUAACGUGGUGUUAAAGCAGAGCACAGAUUACCCGAGGAUCAGGAAAGACAUUCUGGAGAAGUGUAUCAAUAAUCUCCGCACAUGA